ACUAAGUGGUUUGCGGAUCUGCUGACGGUGUGAGGCGUGCCAGUUGUUUUGUGAUGAGCGCAGGCACUUCGCCUUCCUCCUCGUCAGUACGAGCUCUCACUCAAGAGCUACGGAAGCUAACGACUGAGCCAGUUGAAGGCUUCCAAGUUACUCUUCUUGAUGAUGAGAAUGUUUUUGAAUGGAAUGUCAGCAUUUUUGGCCCUCCGGAUACUCUUCUUCAAGGAGGCUACUUCAAGGCAGUUAUGACCUUUCCGAAAGAUUAUCCGUACUCUCCACCGUCGUUUCGUUUUCAGACGAAGCUUCUACAUCCUAAUAUUUACGAGUCUGGAGAAGUCUGCAUUUCCAUUCUGCAUCCACCUGGCGAAGAUGCGAUGAGCGGAGAGUCACCUGCAGAAAGGUGGAAUCCAACACAAUCUGUUAGAACGAUUCUUUUGAGUGUCAUUUCACUUUUAAACGAACCCAACACUUCCUCACCAGCUAAUGUCGAUGCCAGCGUUAUGUAUCGAAAGUGGAAAGAAGGGAAAGACAAUCAAUAUGAGCGAAUUGUCAGGCAACAAGUUGAGUCGACUCAGGAAGAUGCACGUCGUGAUGGUGUAACUGUUCCUACAAGUCGAGAUGAAUAUUGCAUACGUUCUAGACCUGAACUGAUGAGUGUAGUUAGUGAGGAAGAUGACUAUUAUGAUGAUGAUUACAACGGAGACGAUGAUGAAGAGGAAGAAGAGGAAGAGAGUGAUGGUGAUGAUGAAGGAGCUGAUGACAGUGGAAAUGCAGAGAUGUGAUAUACAUAGUAUCUUGUAGUUAAUAUUAAUUAUUAUCGAAAUCAUAUUGUCCAUCUGAAUUCUGUAUUUCUGAUUUUCAGUGCAUGAACUUGUGAUGUAGUGAUGUGAAUGUACAGGCUUUGACUGCACAAUUAAAAUACAAAAUGGAAAAGCAAA